AUGUCUCACUCCAAAGAUGACGCCUCUGAUGCAAGAUCCUAUGUCGCCCCCACUUUCACCUCUGAUCGUCUCAAUGAUCUCUCCAUCAAAAAUCAUGUGCCAAUCAUCCUAGAGCUCGAUUCACCCUCGUACAAUGUGUGGCGCACCUACUUCGCACUUCUCUUUUGCUCCUACCAUCUCGUUGAGCACGUCAACGGGAGCGUCUCCAUCCGCGACAUGAAGGACGAUGGCGAGUGGCUAGCUGUUGACGCUUGCAUCAUAAAGUGGCUCUUCCUCAUGAUCUCGCGGGGCCUCUUCGACAUGGUGAAUACCCGAGACCCCUCGGCGUACGCCAUAUGGACGCGGUUGUGCGACCUCUUCCUCGACAAUCAACUCCAACGUCGCGUCUUUCUCCAAGGCGAGUUCCUCACGCUGCAACAAAACGAUCUCUUGGUUGAUGACUAUUGCAUGCGGCUGAAGGUGCUCACCGAUGAGCUUUGUGAUGUCGGCAUAACUAUUGACGACUCCGCCCUCCUCACCAUCCUCCUUUGGGGCCUUCACCCCGACCUCGGCCAGUCCGCUGCCAACCUCUCUCUCAUCAUGCCGACGAAUGCCAAGGCUGUCACCUACCUUCGAAUGGGGGAGAAGCGCCUCCCCCACUCCGCGCGGCAGCCGACCCACAUGACGCUUCAUGUCGGCCAAGCCGGCGGCUCCAACGCGCCUCCACCCCCCCCCCCCCGCCUCCUGCCCCGGUCCCCCACCUGCGCCCGCGCCUACUGGUGGGCAUAA